AUGGAUUUACUUGCUGAAAUGGAUCAAGAAUUGCUGGUCCUAAAACCAGUUUGUACUGUGUCUUCAAUUUCUUUAGCAAAAUUUCAUUUUUGGGCUCCAACUUUCAAAUGGGUCAUCAGCUUAGCAAAUGUUGCCGAUUUCUCUAAACCACCUGAAGUCAUCUCUUACCCCCAGCAAAUAGCUGUUACAGGAACUGGACUUAUUUGGUCUCGCUACAGUAUGGUAAUUACCCCGAAAAAUUGGAAUCUUUUCAGUGUCAAUGUUGCAAUGGCUGCAACAGGCUUAUAUCAAAUAUCGCGCAAACUUAAGUUUAUUCAAAAUCCUUAUCUUUUUGUGUUAAUUUUGCCGUAGCUGUAAGACAUUGGAGCUCAUUUUGAUUCUUUUUGCACUCAAAUUUCUCUUUGAAGUGAGUACCUUGGAUAAAAUGAAA